AUGGGCGCUCGCAUCUACGCUCCCGUGGAGAUUGCCCAGCACAAGACACGUCAGUCAUGCUGGGUCACCAUGAAGGGCAACGUCUAUGACCUCACGCCUUUCCUCGAGGACCACCCCGGAGGCGACGACAUGAUCCUUGCCUACGGUGGCAAGGAUCUCGGCAAGGUCAUGGAGGACCCCACCGAGCACGUUCACUCCAACUCGGCCUACGAAAUGAUGUCCGAGUUCCGCAUCGGCGAGCUCGGCGGCGCAACCUCCGUCUCUGAUGACUGGGAUGGCGAUGAGAACUUUGACCCGAGCGAGACCAACGUCACCUCGGACUUUUCGCAGAACAAGUUCCUCGACCUUUCCAAGCCCCUCCUCAUCCAGGUCUGGAGGGCCCCUUGGUCCAAGGAGUACUACCUUGAGCAGGUUCACAACCCUCGUCACCUCAAGGAGUCGGCUCGUCUCUUCGGCCCUAGCUUCCUCGAGGCGUUCACGCGUACCAACUGGUAUGUGGUGCCCAUUUUCUGGACGCCCAUCACCCUUUUCCUCGUGUACCUUUCGCUCCUUCAGUUCACCGACAAUUCGAUCCUUGCGGGUGACGUCCUCCAGUUCCCCCUUGCUCUCGACCGUCUGCCCACCCCCAGCAUCUCGGCCUGCUACAAGACGACCGCCUGCUUCCUCCUCGGCAACUUCAUCUGGACCCUCCUCGAGUACGGCAUGCACCGUUUCCUCUUCCACGUCGACUACUACCUCCCGGACCGCAACUGGGCGCUCACCCUCCACUUCCUCCUCCACGGCGUCCACCACUACCUCCCCAUGGACCGCCUGCGUCUUGUCAUGCCACCUCUCCUUUUCUUUGUCCUCGAGACGCCGUUCACCAAGCUCGCCCACUUCCUCUUCCCCAAGGCGAUCGCCAAUGGUAUCAUCUCUGGCGCUUUUGCCUUCUACAUCUUCUACGACUGCUGCCACUACGCUCUCCACCACACUCGUCUGCCCCACUACCUUGCCGAGCUCAAGCGCUACCACCUUGCCCACCACUACAAGAACUACGAGAGGGGCUUUGGUGUUACCUCGCCCGUGUGGGAUUGGCUGUGUGGCACUGAGUUCGACAACUACAAGUGGAACUGGAGCAAGUAA